AGCCCGGAACCCAAGCGCGGGCCGGCGUUCCCCGGCGGGGCGGUGCGGCGCUGUGCCGCUCCCCCUGCGGUAGCGCCGGCCGGGUGGGACUCGCUGUCCCCUGAUCCCGAUCCCGAUCCCCGUCCUGGUCCCACCCCGCUGACCCCCCCAUGGCCAAGCAGAGCCCUGCGGAGCCGCAGGCGGCGGUGCCGAGCGGCGCGGCCCGCGGGAAGAGCAAGAAGAGGAGGAAGAAGAGGAAGGCCCUCGGGGAAGCGGCGGCCGCGUCCAAAGGCCCCGGCAUGGCGGCUGUGGGUCCCCCCCGCAACCCGCAGGAGUUCUCCUCCAACUGGAAGGCGCUGCAGGAGCUGCUGAAACAAAAGGCAAAUAACUCCAAGAAGCCCAUCCCCACGGGUCAAACAGACACCAAAAAGAAGCAGCCACUCAAAGCAGCCAAAAGCCCAGAAGUCCCAGCAGUCAAUGGGAAUGGGAAUGUGGUAAAGGUAAAAUCCACAAAUAAAAUGGAAAAUGGUGCUGCUAAAGCUCCUUUGGCCAAGCCAGAAUCCAAGGGGGUUACAGCAAAUAAGAACUUAAAUGGCACCAAAAGCAAUGGGAAAAGCAGCAAAGAAAAAAGGAAAAAUGGCAUUGUUGUGAAGGAGAAGGAUGAGCUGAAACACAAGAGGAGGAAAGCUGAGGAACCCCUGGAGCAGCAGCCCAAAGAGGCUGACAUCUGGUUUGAUGAUGUUGAUCCCAAAGAUAUUGAAGCAGCACUAGGACCUGAAGCAGCAAAAAUUGCCAGAAGGAACCUGGGGCUUGAAACAGAGCAAUGCCAGUCUGUGGAGAAGGUGCUGGUUAAGGAAAAGGCUUUUGAUGGGCUGACCAGGGCCGUGGCCAUGGACUGUGAGAUGGUGGGGGUGGGCCCCAAGGGCGAGGACAGCAUCUUGGCUCGGGUGUCCAUCGUCAACCAGUUUGGCAAGUGUGUGUAUGACAAGUUUGUCAAGCCCACGGAGAAGGUGACAGACUACAGGACAGCUGUCAGUGGCAUCCGGCCUCAGAACGUAAACUCAGGUGAAGACUUCAAAACAGUUCAGAAGGAGGUGGCUGAGAUCCUGCAGGGAAGGAUUUUAGUUGGGCACGCCCUGCGGAAUGACCUAAAGGUCCUACUUCUUGAUCACCCUCACAAGAUGAUCAGGGACACACAGAGAUACAAACCUUUCAAAGAGAGAGUCAAGAGUUCCAGGCCAUCCCUGAAGCUGCUGUGUGAGAAGCUGCUCAGUGUGCAGGUGCAGACAGCAGAGCACUGCUCGAUCCAGGAUGCACAAGCAGCUAUGAGACUUUACACCCUGGAGAAAAAGAAAUGGGAAGCUGCUGUUAAGAACAAAGCUAACAAGAAAAAUUGUAAAGCUUAAAAAACACAGGGCAGAAUCUUUCAUCUGCAGCAUUUGCUGGUUUGAUGUCACAUUCCAGAUUUAGAGAGAAGUCAGAACUGACAGCAGCUACUUCAUAAAAUCAAUCCAAAGACAAUGCUACAAUAGCCUGGAAGUGCAGGAAUGCUGCUGGUAUCCCGUGCCUGAUGCCUGCUACUGUGCUCAACCAACCUUUGUAACAAAUGCCUGAAGUUGGGAAGAACUUCAUCAGUUAAAUUCCUUCAACAGAAAUAGACACUGAAUAAGUUAAAAAUAUUAAAUUAUGAUAGAUGAAGGAAGAAACUGUCAUUGCUUUGUCAAAACUCCAAGGAUUAAGAUCUUUAUUUCAAGUAUGUUGAGGCCCACAAAGUGAUGUCUACUGCAAGGUGAAUUCUUAAUUAUUGCUGUUACACAGUUGUGGUACCCAAACCAUCAAUAAAUACCCGUUUGUAUAUUAUUAAUAGCCCAAUAUUCUUUUUUUCUGGUGAGAAGAAUCCUCUAAUGGAGGCUCCAGGCUUUUGUAUCCAGCAGUUUUGAAAGUGUUGCAUCCACCAAGGUCAGAAUCUCCUGGAGAGAAACGAGAGAAUUGUCAGACAGAAGAUUACCUUGUUGCUCCACUUAUUUUUGUAUUCAUUUAUUAAUAAAAACAAUGUGUCUAA